AUGAAGCUCAUCAUGAAAGCUCUCAACGUCCCCAUGCCGAACGACGCUUCCCGCACCUUCGUCUUCCACUUCGCAAGCCUGCACUACGUGAAUCAGAGUAUCCCCGACACGGGCCCCUGUGGCGACGUCUAUCUCUCCCGCGCAAGCUGCGUCUACCUGGGCCUAGCCGCGAUAGACACGUGCGAGCGCGGCGGCGAGGUCACCGUCAACGAGACCGUGGCUGCUGGCGGAGGGGAAGGGAGGCCCGUCACGGCUUGGUUGCAAACCUGCUCAGAUCGCGACAACAAAGCCGCAACGGCGUACGCGGAAACCCCAGGUCAUGUCUACCGUGUCGAGAGCGAAAGAGAAGAUGCGGCCAUCCUCGACCGGAAUAAGGGCCGGGCAGGAGAGGAUGACCUCCCUAGCCCCUCGGUGCAGGUCACCGCCAAUGCGGACGCGGUGUCUUCGUUGAGCAAUGCACCCACCGUUCGCGACACCAGCGACGGUCUGUUCUUGGCCGACACAUCCGUGGUCACUAUGGCUCGACGGCGGUCGGUCCAGUCGAGAGAUGAUCCAGCGCGGCAGUCCGCUUUCGAGACAGGCAUUCUACCUCUCCUUGGCGUCAGCAAAGACGACAAUGCGUCGAUGAAUUGUCCCGAGCCGCUCGAGGAUUCUCGUUGGCUGUCCCUGCUUCAUGCCAUCCUCGCCGCUGGUGCUCAAUUCUCCGAUAUGGACUUGCAGCAGCGGACCAUCGUCGCACAACGACACACAAAACAAGCAUUCGAGCUGCUUCGAUCAACAGACUACGUUGCCCGGCCAUCGGAAGAAGCUGUUCAAACCCUACUUCUACUAGGGAAUGUGCUCCAAAAUGAUAUGAAGCCCCAGACGGCCUGGAUUCUCGGAGCCACGACCAUAAGACUUGCGCAAUGCCUCGGUCUUCACAGGAAGACCAACAGCCAGCCCCUGCCCUCAAUUUCUGAUAGAGACGCAAAGAACCUGAGGCUGGCAAUCGUCUGGCAGGAUUCUUUGCUAGCGCUUGCUUUCGGUCGCCCCCCAGCAUCUCACGAAUUUGACUUCAUAGGCGAUUUGGCCCCCCUGGCCGACCAAGACGGCAAUGGCCUUUCGUAUCUCGAAGCCAUGAGCUGGCUCUGCCACGUCACGCUGCCUCACCUGGCCCCACGAGCGAGUUCACCAGUCCAACCAGUUCCAAUAAUCAACGAUAUCAAGUUGCACGUCCUUGGUCAAUUUCAGGAAUCUCUGAGACGCAGCGUACGGGCCUACGUGCGCCUGAGGUCGAUCACGGAACACGCGAGACGCUCUUGGGCCUUCAUACACAACGGACUGACGUCCAUCUUGCUCCUGAGUCUCAUGCGAGAAACAAGGCACUUGCCAGAAACGCGGGUUCUUCAGGACGAACUCAUCGCCAGUCUCUCCGAGGGCAAAAGCGAUUCGGGCUCGGCUGCUGAGCCAGUUUCCGCGAGUCACCUGCCGGCGACUCUCCAGAAAGCACUCCAGGCACUCAAGACUCUCCGAGCGCUGACGGACCGUGACGCAAACAUGCAAGAGUCACGAGUCGAUGAUACCAGUACGGGCCAACCAUCAGCAUCCGCAGCUAGACCUGAGUUUGACCCAGGUGACGAGCCGGGGCCCAUGGAGCAGGACAGCUUCUGGGACAUGGAUGGCUUCAGCUGGGACUUCCCAGUUGACUUGGACAUGUCUCCCUUAGGCGCAUUCGAUUACAUCAUGUCGGACCAGAACUUUGGCGGAGGCAACUCAUUUCCUCCAAACGCGAUGUGA